CUGCGAGGACGACUGUUCUUUAUCACGUACAUAGGAAUCAUCCUGGCGAUAAAAAUAAGAUGAUAUUACGUAUUUAUGCCAGUUUUGCAAGCGAGACGACUUUUCAUUGUUAACUAUUUCAGCUAUCGGCCGUGCGGCCGGUACUACGAAGAAAGGAAUGGGACCUCCUAAUGGCACGGCUAGAAAUACAACUUGACCGAAAAUGGGGGCCUUUAGUGGCCCCACCAUGCUGCAGCUGUUAGUAGCAGGCUUUUUUCUGUGUAUAUGGGCACCCCGAAGUGCAUCAUACCAUGCCCUAUGGGCCGCCGUUGCAGACAGGGACGAGCUUAACAUCCCGGAACAAUGGCAGCAGCACAGGAGGAGUCAGUUAAACUUGGAUUUCGUUAAUACCUCCCUUGAUGACGGCCAACAGCGUGCAGCACUUCUGGCACUGUUUGCCGCUACUAAUGGAUAUAACUGGAAAGUUGCAAACACUUCGUCAGCCGGUGCCGCUCCUUGGGGAACCGAGGGAGUAUCUUACUGCAGGUGGUACGGCGUUACAUGCUGUGCGAAUUCACCUCUGCCCUUAGUCGACUGCCAGGGAUCGCACAGCGUCGCCAUCCUGAGCCUCGACAGCUAUGGGCUCGUGGGGUCACUGCCAGCAGCUAUCGGCAAUCUCACGGAACUCACAGUACUGGCUCUCGCCAACAACCCGCAGCUAACGGGUGCCCUCCCAGAGUCCCUGUCUUCGCUCACACACCUCCUCUGGCUGUCUGUGGAGGACACUGGGCUGGUGGCAUGCACGGAGGCGUCUUUCGCAGCUGCUGGUGGCGCCGGCGCCCUGCCGGCGCCAGUCACGGGUCCUUGCACCUUGCCACCCAGCCUAAGCUACACUGCGCAGUCGUACAAUCCGUACGGCACGGAUACCAUGCUGUGUCCAGCAGCAAUCCUGACGUCCUUCCUGUCGUACACUUCGGGUGUUUCUCCGGACCUCUGGGGCAUCCUAACCUCGCCCUUCCCGGCGCCGCCCACACCAGGGGCCGUCAUUGCCAACGGGAAUUUCACACGCUACCACAACUGCACUUGCUCUCUGCCUGGGGAGGCGCUGGUUGUCAGGGACACGGGCAGCUCGGUGGGCGCCCAGUGCAUGGCGGCCAGCAGCGGCGGGUCUAGCAGCCGGAGGGACCUCAUCAUAGCUGUCGUCAUCGUAGCGGUUGCACCCUGGCUGUUGGUCGGUGCCGCCGUCUACGUUUGCGUUGUCCACAAAGCCACCCUGAACCGUUUGGUUCGGCGUAAGGAAGCAGAGAUGGCGCGGAAACGCAGCAAGGUGCCGGGCACACCCGCCGUGGCGCUUCAGAACGGUCGCGGGGUGCUGUCCCUGUCCGAUGUGAUCGUGACAUGGGUGGUGACGGACGUGGCCGCUAGCACUCAGCUCUGGGAGUGGAAGCCGGAUGUCAUGGAUCGGGCCAUCGACUUGCACAAUGCAGCGAUGCGGGGCCUGAUGGACGAGUUUGGCGGGCAUGAAAUCCGCAAUGAAGGGGACUCCUUCACCCUUUCCUUCCAUGAUGCCGUGGAUGCUGUCUCGUUCUGCCUAAGGGCCCAGGAGACGCUCAUGACCGUGGACUGGCCCAAAGAGCUCUCGGGGCACCCCAAGACAGGCGUGGUGACGGUGGGAGACGUGACCUCGAACCCGGACGCCGCCGGCAAGGGGGCCCCGCUCAUAGCAGGGCUGCGCGUGCGGAUGGGGAUUAACACGGGCGUGCCGGACGAUAUCUUCCUGCACGACUUGACUGACCACGUGGACUACCGCGGGCUGGAGUACGACCUGGCGGGGGAGAUCUGCGACCUGGCGGAGGGAGGGCAGGUGCUCAUGGGCCCGCGCACGGCGCAGAGGUGGAACAAGGUUCACUGCCCGGGGAUGUCCGACCCCUUGGCAGCCGACCUGCUUCGAGACCAGGGCGGCUCCUUUGUCCAGGUGGGCCAGCCGCAGCAGCUGCUGCACGCCCCUUCGGGCCGCCGGAGCUCUGUAACCGGGGGUUUCGGAGGCAUGACGGGCCUGGGGCGCGACAGCCAGCAGUUGCCGCUGUUUUACGGCAGUACGGCAGGGCUAGGGCCGUCGGCUGCAGGGCCCACAGGCGCGGCCACCGGUGCCGGUGGCGGCGCUGUGCUUACCUCGGCGCCAACGUUACGACGCUACAGCGCUGGGCCGACGGCGUUUGCAAGUGAUGGAAAUGAUCCGUCAGACGAGGACGGCACAUCUUCUACAAGACCCAGCAACCCUGCACUUACCAAUGGGCCUGCCGCACGAGUCGCGCGGACCAAUCGCUCCAGCAGCCCUGCCCGGCCGCUGCGUGUGACACCCUCGGGCCGUCGCGACCGCCACAGCAGCGACGGCACGCCUGCCGGCUACAACGGCAGCACCCUGGCUGGCAGGCUGGCGACCCACAUCAGCAGUCCAAUCUCCCUAUGGAAUCGCAACAAGAUGAGCAGUCCUCGCGCGAUCCAGCUGAGCAGCGUGUCGGUUAACGACGGGUCUCUUAGAUCUCGCGGCGCGACAGCAAAGGGCGAGGACAGCUCGGAAGCGGCUCGGCAACCAGCCGUCGGAGGAAGGGUGUCGUCACUGCGGCGGGUAAAUAGCACGGAGGGCUUGCUGCGGGUGCAUGCGGCACGUGCAGCGGAGAUGGCAGCUGCUGCGGCUGCGGCCGCCGCCGCCGCCGCGGCGGCAAAUGCCCGCCCCACGCAUACGCGGAGUAGUCCUGCUGGCAGGUUGCUAGCCGGGAUCUUUGGCGGCGGCGCGCCAGCCGCAGAGGCUUCAGAUGAGGAUCGCAUAUCGCCGCAGAACAACAUCUCAUUCCCGCUGCCAACGUUCCGCUCAGGGAACGUAAGAUGCAGCACUGGGGGUGUGGCAGAGGCUGGCGGCGGUGGUGGUGGUGUGCCAAGCCGCAAACGCGGUGAGGAUUUGGAUCACGCCGGGACCUCGGGUGCCAGCGCACCGAUACCAAUGCCGCCAGGGCUACAGCGUUGGCUGUCGCAUGGUUGGCGCGGAUUGCCGGUGCCAGCGCUUCCUCGCUCCCAUACGGGCCUCCCCGGCGGCAUGGCAGCAGCAGCGGCCGCUGCGUUGGGGGCCCAGGCGUUAGGGCAGUCACCGGGCAGUGGAGGCAGUGGAAAUGGUUUGCCCAUGCGCACGAGCACAGGCGGCGGCCGGUUGCUUUGGACGCGGCUGAAUAGCAGUGCGAUGAUGGGCGGGGGUGUGGCGGUGCCAGCAGCGCGUGGGGGGGCAGCCGGCGGCAGCGGUACCACAGCCGGUAACAGCAAUGGCGGCAGCAUGGAGGGCCCGUCGUCGCUUCCCGUCGUAAGUUACGACGAUGAAAUGGCGGCGGCUGGCGGGAGCGGGAACAAUCCUGUUCGCGCCCUUAGCCGCAUCUCCUCCCUGCCUACCGGGGCGGCUGGCGUCGCGGCCAUGGGUCUCUCACGCCUCACGGUGCUGCAGCGGCGAGUGGGCUCGGAAGCCUCGUCCAGGGAGGGUUCCGUACGGCAGAACGGUCUGCCGCUCCUACGGCAUCCCUCGCAUUCCCGUGAGGAGAGUCGCGACAGCCGGCCCGACUUCUCUGGCGGCGCCACGCCCAUGCGCGUCGACUCUGAAGGACAGCCAAUCGCAAAUGGCAGCGGCUCGGAAGCAACAGUCGCAGCCGGCACAUCGCCUCGCACCGUCGACGCUGCUUCGAUCACCGCCGCCGCUGCCAGCAGCAGCGCAGGUGGCAGCCUCCUCAGCUCCGCGCCCUACGCCUGGUCAUCGCACGCUCACUCAGUUCCCUUGCCAAGCAUCACCAUGCCGGGGCCGCCGGCGGCUAUUAGCAGUACCCCGGAGACGCAGAGGUCGACACCCAGCCGCCGGGUUUUGGCUGGGAUCCCGACAGGGCCGCCGCGCAUGCCACGCACGAGCGACGUGGGGCUGCAUCCCCAGUUGAUGAGCCCCCUGCAGCCGGGGCCGCCGCCGCCAGCGCUUGCGCGAGUGCCGACGCUUCGGCAGACGCCGCAGGGGUUGCGGGGCGCAGGUUUGAGCCCUUUGGGACCCGGGGCACCUGAGGGUGCGCAGUCGUCGGGCGGGCAUGAGCCUCUGGCAACGGGCGACUCUGGUACCAGUGGAGGCAACGGCGGUGCCGCCGUCUUGCGCGGUCUCACAAACGCCUCUACUUUCCGCUUCGCCAUGCACGACCCCCACCGCACCAGCAUCGACGGCAGCGGCGCGGUUGCAGCCGCCGCCGGCGGCUUCCACCGUGGCGACAGCGCCUCUUUUCUCCUCCUCAAAGCCCCCAGCGCCAGCAUCCAUGCAGGCGGCAUUGGCCUUCUGCAUGCGCAGCACUCCUUCCCGCACAACACAGCCCAGCACACAGGCUAUGCUCCGGAUUUCUAUGAACUUGACCCCUAUGGCGCUGCGUUGGGUGCGGGGAACAUUGACAUGUCUAUGUUUGGGUUCCGCACGCGAGUCCUCUUCUUUCUGCAGGAUCUUUGGUAUGGCCUGCUGGCCGCGUUCCGCGUCAUGCUACAACGAUGCUUGCGUUGCGUGAGGCUGCUGACGAGCAGUGAAGACGACCUGCCUGAUACAGAUUUAUGGGCGCAUCCUGACAGCGCCGUGCUUGGGUCGGUUCCCGUGGCCGCUCCGGCGGGAUCCAAACCAGCGGAGACCAAGGGCGUCCUGGUGGACAUGGGCUAUUAUAACUUCAUGUCGGUGGAUUACCACGGCCAGGGACCCGUGGGUCACUACGUGCAUCUUAUGCAGGUGGUGCCGGCCACCGUCGCGCCGCGCGUGCUGCUGUUUCCCUGGCCGUUGUCGCUGCCGGUGGGGUGGGAGAAAAUCAGUCCAGGGUUCUUUGACGCGCCGGGUAGCGGCAGGCUGCUGUUUCCGGUCAUGCGGGAGUUUGUGGACGCGCAUGGGAUGCGACCGGUCGUGACGGUGGCGUUUUCGGCGAUUGAGGGCUUCAAGGAGCUGACGGCUGUGAACGUGGAUGUGGCUCGGGAGGUGUUGCAGCUGCACAACGCGGCGGUGCGGGAGACGCUGUCCACCUGCUCCGGCUACGAGUGCAAGGAGUUCAACGGCAGCUUCAUGACAGCCUUUGCGGAGCCCACAAGUGCGGUGGAGUGGGCUCUGACGCUCCAGAUGGCGCUGGUGGCGGUGCCCUGGCCGGAGGAGCUGCUGAAGUGCGAGCUGGCGGCGGUGGUGCUGAACCCGGACAAUGACAUGGUGUUGUUCCGCGGGUUGCGCUGCCGAGUGGGCAUCUACUCGGGCGCCAUCGACCGCGUCACUCCGCACCCCAAGACCGGCCGCGCGGAUUACUUUGGGCAGCCCGUCAACCGUGCAGCUCGGCUGAUGACGGCGGCCCAGGGCGGCCAGGUGGUGCUGGACCAGAGCCUGCUAGAUGAGGUGUUGGAGGAGUGGCGGCGGCGGCAGGAGGUGCGGCGCCUGGCGCCCAUCCCCUCCGUUGACGAGGGCUCUGUGGCGGAGGAGGGCAGCAGCCAGGUGGCGCCCUCGGAGCUGCGAACCGCGCGAUCCUUCGUGUCCGCGAAGUCCGCUAACCGCCUGAUUGCCAAGCAAGUCAGCGCAAUAGCCAGCACGCAAUCCGCCGCGCCCAGCUCCAACCCCUCCAUCACCAACAUCCCGGAGCUCCUGACGCAACACAUCGCCAGCCCCCGAGGAGACGGAGUCGGGAGCGCCGCAGCGGGCUCUGUAGCCGCCGGCGCGACAGGCCCCACCACCGCUACCGCACCCAGCCCUGAUGCCACCGUCAGCAACCCCGCUAGCAACCCCAGCGGCAGCCCAGCAGGCAGCGUUAUACAGCACCGCAUGUUGAGCCCUGAUGCCAGCAGCGUCGGCACUUCCCAUGGCAAUGGAGGCUCCGGCACACCGCCGAUGACGGCCCCAGUGACGGGUUCCAGCGUCGGCGGUGGCGGCGGUGGUGGUGGUGGUGGUGGUAUUUGCAGCAUAGGCCUGGGCAUGGGCCUUGGGAGCACCAACAACAGCAUUACCGCGGCCAACAGCGCCGUGCAUGGCAACCCCAGCGCAAGCGCUAACGCCUUCGCCAACCUCAAUGCCAUCAACAGCCGAAGCGCCAGCAUCAUCCUGAACGCGGGCGGCAGCAACAACAACAAGAACAACGGUAACAACCAGAGCAGCAACACCAGUCACCGAAACAUCAACAAUCCCAACAGCAUUGGCACCCUGGCUCGCGCGCUCGAGCGGCUCAUCAUGGAGCAACGAGUGCAACGCAGCGCCCGAAGCGAACCACGCAUUCCUCGCGUCAGUCGCUUCGGGCUCGGCGGCCUCGGCACGGCGCUGCGAGGCGGCGGCGGUGACGCCGGCGGCAUGCUUUCGCCUCCCUCGGCCACCGCCGCCUCCGCCGGCGGCGCCGGUGGCAGCCCUGGGCCGCCCCUCGCUCAUGCGCCCACAUCCAUGGCCAUGCUUAACCCCACCUACAGCUUGACCCCUUGGAUUCCGGACGGCCCUGGCGGCGGCAGCAGCGGCGGCGGCGCCAUUGGCGUCAGCAGCCAGGCCAUCGCCGGAGCUGCGGCCGUACAGCAGCGGGUCCGCCGCAUCGGCAGCCCCCGCGGCGGUGCUCUGAGCAUCGUGCCAGCCUUUGGCCACGGUCCUGCCGGCCACGACUCGGGCCUACCCACCGGUAGUCCUGGCGCUGGCGGCUACGCAAGCGGCUCGACGUUCAACCAUGGUGGCGGCCCCAGCGCGCCCAGCACCGCUUACUGGGCGAGCUCCGCUCUGACCCGCACCAGUCCCGGUGACAGCGUGCACAGCUCCAUGGCUGGCGGCGCAAGCGCAUGUGCGGCUGAUUCCCCCGCGUACAGUUUGGGUCCAGGGCUUGAGGUGCACCCAGCGGAGUGGGACCCCACGGCGCAUGACGCAGCCAGUCGUGUCGCCCGUCGGCGGCGGCGCGCGUCGAUUGGUGCUAUCGUUGAGGGUCUACUGGUAGCCGGGCGCAAAGGCUCGGCAUCGUUGCCAGCCCAGACGGCGGCGCAGGCGAGAAGCCUGGCGACGGCAUCCACUUCUCUCAAUGCAGCCGCCGCCGCCGCCGCCGCCGUGAGCGGUGGCGGAGCUGGCGGCAGCGGUUCCGCAUUUGCAGCUGCGGCGGCAGCGGCGACGGCGAUGCAUCAUCACCACGUGCACACCAAUCGUGGCGCACGCGGAGGAUCUGGAAGUCUGCGCUCUCCGGCGAGUCGUGUGAGCCCUGCAGCUGCAUUGGCAAGGUUGCUACCGGGGUCUCCGCGCAGCACCACCACCACGACAAGCGGCGGUGGCGGCGGCGGAGGUACGGCAGUCACGACGCCAGCUGGCGGCACGCAGGCCGGAGGUAGCAGCGGCAACAUCGUGUCUGGCCAUAGCCCCGAGGCGCAGCUCGAACUGCCCAACUCCUCGUCCACUAGCAACGCCAUGCACAGCCCCUACUCGCCGACCAGUGCAGGAGGUAGCACGGUACGUCGAAUGUCCUCCAGUCCGUUGGGACAUGCACCGCCAACGUCGGGUCCGGUACUCGCGGCGAGUGUUGUGCUGCCUGCCAUGCUGCCCCAUGUGGCUCAGCAGCUGUCGCAACAUGACUCGCGUGUGUCUCAGAGCAGCUCUCAUGGCGGCGGCAGCGGUGGCAGCGCUAGUGGUGGCUGUGCCGGCGCCGGCGGCAGCAGCAGCGCGCUUGGGCGCUAUAGUGGCGGCAGCUGGUCACAUGCAACCAACGCGCGGCAACAACGCUCUCACCUGCACCCUCACACGCGCCGGCACUCCUCCCAGCACCCUCCGCAGUACCCCGGGCCGAGCCAGACCCGUGGGUCAGUCAACGAUGGCUCUAGCGUACGUCAUGGAACCCCCGCUUCACACCGGUUUUACCUCUCGGGCGCCGGUGCCUCUCCCCGGUUGCCGCCGUCGCCCCCACCGCCCGGGAGCCGCAGUGGCUUGCCGCCCCUACUCAUGUCGCCAGCUGGGCCCAGCCAGACGAUGCAGAUGCGGGAACGGCUGGCUGCCAGCACACGCGCGCGCAGCGUGGGGGAGGCCACGAUAGACUCUCGUUCCUCAGCUGCAAGCAUGGGAGGACAGGGUCUCGCGGGGACAAUCGCCGGCGGUGCCGUACCGCCUGCAGCAGAUGGGCCCAUUGUCGGUGGCGCUGGCGGCGGGGGCGGGGGUGCUGCUGUCGGUGGUGGCGGUUUGCCUUUGUCAGAGUCGUGCCAGGAACUCGAUCGAUCGCUGGGGUUGCAAGCCGUGUCGCAGCGGGGAAGCACGCCAGCCAACGACAGCAGCACCGCUCAAGACCAUGUGGGCGAGUCGGCUAUGACGACACUGAGUGGCAGCAACGCGGCGUUGGUGUACCUGCUUACGGCCAGGAAUAGUGUGGCAGGAGCGCCGCCGGGGCUUACCAGCGUUUUCAGUUCCCCAUCGGGAACGCUGAUGUCGCCGGCGUUGCAGGCUCGACUCAUGCAGGGCGCUACCGCUGCGGCGGCGGUGAGCAUGACCGCGCCUGUCGUGGCUACGCCUGUGGCUGCUGGGGAUGCGGGGGGCUGCAUGGGCUGCAAGGACGCAACGGGAGCCGACGCAGGUGCAGGGUCGUAUGGCGCUGGGGACCCCUUGGGCAGCGUUGCGGACGGCCCUGCCGGCAGCACUGGAGUCGCAGCCGACGUCAGCAGCAGCGACGAGGAUGAUCCAGCGGAGAUUCAGACCCAGGACGUUCAUGAUGAGAAGGAGAACGUCUUGAGCAGAUCCGCAGCGGACGGCGAUGCCGCUGUUGCCCUCUCCACUGCCGACGCCGGCACUGCUGUCACCCCCUUGCGGCCGCCCUCCCAGACUGACGGCGCCUCUGCUUCCGAGUCCGUUUCCGCGCAGGGCGGUGUUUCCGAGCGCUGCUCCCCGGCUGGCGCCUACCUGCUGACCUCGCCCCUCGUCUCGACAUCCAGCUCCCGAGCUCCCGGGCCCGGCCCCGUCCGCGCCGGCAGCUCCACCACCGCCUCGGGCGGCUACCUGCAUGCCGAGUCGAUUGAGGUCAUGCCCAGCUUCGGCGCCAACGUGCUGACCGCCAAGCACACCGCCGAUGCUACCCACAGCGGCGGCGUCUGCAGCUCUGGAAGCACGCAGUCCGAGGCUGAGAUGCUGAGCCUGAUGGGAAGCAGUCUGCGGAGCAAUGUGCCCACGCCCAUGCUGAACCGCGGGUUUAGCAUGCUGCAUGGGAACCCUGUGUAUGGGGUCCAGCGACAACGAACGGCCGGCGGCGGUGGCGGCGGCGCUGCCAUUGCAGAGGAAGCUGGCAGCACCGACGGCAGCAGCUCGGCAACGCUGGUGCAGGUGCAGGAGGAGUUGGUUGAGCUUGUCACGACCCCGCGUGCUACGCUGCUAUUGUCAACGCCGGCGCCGCCGCAACCGCACCAGCCGCAGCCGUUGCCGCAAUCGCCGCCCAAGCCCUCAGGGCCGCCUGCAACCCUGGCGGAUGGACAAGCUCAGACCCCCCAAGCCAAGCAGCAGCAGCCGUCGUUGCGUCCAGCCACCGUUGGCGGCGCCAGCCCCGGUCCGCUGGGCGGCCUGAUGCUAGGGAUGCCUCCCAUGACAGCUCUGCAAGUACACCUGCCGUACAGCGGUACGGUGGCAAGGGCGGCGGGUACGGCAGCGGCGCCUAGCGGACGUCGCUUCUCCGGCGGUCCAUCGAAUCCCAACCCUGUCGGCCUCAGCUCGCAGCUGAGCCUGCAGCGGCGCAACAGCCGUCGCAGCAGCGCCGGCACUCUGCGGUCUGGGUUAACAAGCGAGAGCCCUGAGGUAGGCGACGUGUACGGCAAUACCAGUGACGCGGCAGGAUGCACCGGCAGCGGAGGCACCCAGCAGAAUGCUGUUGCUGGUGGCGGCGGCGGCGGUUCCGCUCGCGCAUGGGCGCACGCGGGCUCCAAGGCUAGUGCUGCACCCUCCACUGCAAGCGCAGCUUCGCACGGCAACAACAACUCAGCUGUCCGAGCGCGCUCAGCCGCGGUGGCUGUGACGUCACCGGAGAGCCUGCAGCAUGGCUCCCUUCCCUCGGGCGUACACGGCCAUGCAAGCGUGUCGAGUACCGUCAUCUCAGGCGCUGCGCAGUUCGUGGGCCCGGACGCGGCGUUGGGAGUCGGCAGCUCCGGCGGCGGCACGUUCGCUAGAGGCAGCUCAGCGGUGCUACACCAAAGCGUGUCCUCUCGUCGCCGCCGGGCAUCUUCUGGCAAUAUAACCGAGACCUUGCGAGCCGCGGUAGAGGCUGGGAUAUCGCAGCUGCAAGCCAUGGGCGGCGGUGGCGCCGCCGCUGCCGCCGCUGCUGCCGUGCAACCCAACUCCCCGGCCCCGCACCGUGUGCUGCGCAAGAGCACGAGCUCUCGUGGCCGGCGGCACUACGCGGAGCCUCGUAUCGGCACCGCAGCAGGGUCACCCUUGGAUUCGGCUCUGAUGAGCGCCGGAUCGGCCGCUGUAGCCGCCGGCAGUAGCCUUGGCGCUUCCGCAGGCGGUGUGGGCGGGUACCUCACGCCACGUUCUCUGCGCACGGCUUCGUUGCGGCCACCUCGCAGCGCCUGUGAUGCCUCUGUCGCCGGGUUGCCGGCAUCACCAGGAGCCGCUACCGAGCAUCAGCAGCAGCAGCAGCAGCAGCAGCAGCAGCUGGCGACGGCAGUUUCCCAAAGCGGAGGCGGCGUUGGGGAGGUCCGAGCAUCACCACCUUUGGAUAGGUUGGGUGGCGGCGGGAUGCGCAGCCGCCAGAGCGGUUCUGGUUCGGGGCAGGCUUUGCGGCUUGCGGGCGCCUCGGAGGGUGGUUCGCUACGUCGCAGCACGCCAGGACUUCCGGGACAGCUGUUUGCGGUCAGCGGAAACGCGGGCGCGGCUGCCAUGGUUGCGGUAGCAGCGGCGUCGGGCAACUCCUACACUGCUGUGGAUGGGUCGAGGUAUCGGGCGCGUUCCACGGGCGCGGGCCUCCAUGCAGCGUCUGUGGGUGGGGGGGUCGGCGGUGGGGGCGGCGCCGGCGGCGGCGGCCUAAGCGCCGCCAUGGCACGUACGACACCGUCUUACAUCAACAAUCCCUCCCACUCAGUAGGCAACAAUGCCUCCUUUGACUCCUCCGGAGGGCCCCUGGGAGGGCCGCUCACGCAUUUGUACGGCAUGCACGGGCCCUUCGCCGCCGCCUCCGCAGCUGCUGUUGCUGCCUCCGCGGCCGGCAGUGCUGACGUUGGCCAGCUGGGAGCAUCGCGCCGGUCCUCGACCGCAAGCCAUGCAGCGCAAACCGUGGUAGGAAGCCCGGGCCAGGCCUCUCCGCAAAUGUACGGAGGCCAGCAGCAACCCCAGCCAGCCUCGCAUGCAUACUACUCCGCUACAAGCUACGCCGCCAUCACUCGCGAUGCCCCCGGCAGUGCGCCCUCCCAGAACCCUGCCAUUGUGUCUGCAGUGUCCGUACCAGGGAUGGUAUCCCGCGGCCGGCGUGGUAGCCAUGCUUUGACUCCUACGGGUACGUCCAAUGGCGCUGUCGGUGGCUCCGGCGGCAGUCAUGGUCUUUGCGCUGGGAUGCAGAGGUCCAGCACGCCGCAGCUAUCGGCGAUGGCGGCGGCGGUAUCAGCGGCAGCAGCAGCGGCCGCCGCUGACGCCGCCGGUGCGGCUGGGUUGGCCGGCGCCAGCAGCAGCGGCGGCGUAUGCAUCUCCCCGCCGCACCAUGCCUCGCGCGUGCGCGGCAGCAACCAGUCUAUCCCUGAUGAUCUGCCGGCGCCGCCGCUGGCAGGCCCACGUGACCCCAACUCUCCCGAAGGCGGUCCGGGCACGCAGUACGGCAGUCCCGGCGUUGUGACCGCCCGGGGGUCCCGCUGGCGUUCUCCCAGAGCGGUGCAUGAGGAGGUCAGCGCGGGCGGCGGUGGCGGCAGCGCCGCCCCCGCCGCUGGCGCUGGCUCUCCGCUGGAGAAGGUCUCGCAGCCCGCAGCCGCAGCCGCCGACGGCGCUGCCAAGGACAAGGACAGCCGGCCGGCUGUGAUGGCGGAGUGCUACAAGAUCACACAGCAGCCGGCGGGCGGCAUGGGCGGCGGAGGGAAUGAGGUUGCGCAGAGCAUUACGAUGAUCAAGUACACGAACCUCAAGCAGGAAUUGGAGCGUGCCGAGGAGGGUGAGAACGACGAUGUGCCCAUCCCCACCAACACGCUGCUGGUUCCCACGGUGGCUGUGGAGGUAGCGAUCUGGAGCCUGGGAUCCUUCAGGCUGAAGGGCGUCACUGAACCCACCAAGAUCGUGCAAGUGCUGCCGACCAGCCUUGAGGGUCGCCUCAACAUACUCAACAAGGCGGGUCUCAACAAGGGCAAAGCUCGCUGCAUCGAGCGCCGGGUGGAGUGCCUGGAGAUACUGACCGUGCAGUUGCCGGACGUUUCCCGCCUGUCCUGCGUCAUGGUGGGAGCCGCCACGCCCAACGCCGACGUUAGCUAUGACGGCGGUGGCGUCGGCGGUGCUGCCGGCAUGCACUACGAUGAGCUAGGCAUGCCGCAGCAGCCGGGGGAGCUGUACGGCAGGGAUGCAGGACUGUGGGGCAUGCAUGGGGAGGCGGGUGCUGGCGGAAUGGGGGCACAACCGGGUGGCCGUGGCGGUUUCGGGGCGCCUCUGGUUCUGGGCCAGGCCAACACGCCUGCGGAGCUUGCGGCGCGCUGGGCGGGAGGUGGAAGCGUACGAAGCUUGGCCCUGCGCGAGAUUGAGACGUCUGAGGCGGGCCUUCCGCCCAUCAGUGAGGGCAUGACCCCAGUCAGCAGCCCGCUGCAGCGCUCCAGGGACCCCUUGCCUACACUGCUCUUCGCCGGUGGCAGCGUCGGCGGCGGCAGCAUGCAUUACCACAGCGUCGGCGGCGGUAUCGGAGGCGGCGGCGGCGGCACUGACGGCGGCGGCAGCCAAAGCAGUAGCGGCAUAAGCACGAUCAGCCGCCGCCGUGGCGGCUUCUCCAUGCCGCCUCCUGUCACCAUACCUGAGGACCCAAUAUCGCCCGACUCGCAGUCGGAGCCAACAGCGCAGCGCGCAUCACUUGCAACGGACCCUAGCCCCCCCUUUACGGCCGCUACGGACCGUCCCUCCGCCUCACGGCGCUUCGUGCGCAGCGCGUCUGGCGGGCGCCCAACCCCGCCACUUCCGCCGGCGCCCGGGUAUCUUGAUGGUGGCAUGCCCUCCUCUUCCCACCCCCAUCACCACCACCACCAUUACCACCGCGACAGCUACAACCAUCCGCAUGGUGCUGCUGAGCCCUCCGCCGUUCGGCAUGUGCGCAACAGCGCAGCAGGCGAGAGGGAGCGUGAGAGCGGCGGCACGCGCAUGUCGACGGGGCUGCUUCCGCUGUCCUUGUCGUACAUGGCUCCUCGCAGUCGUGAUCCGCACAGCAGCUUUGCAGCCAUGGUGUCAGCUGGCAUGGACGUCCGCAGCGCAGGCGGCAGUCCUGGGGAUACGAUUACAGGCCUGUCGCAGGCACGCCGCGUGACGAGUGGCGGGGGUGGUGUCGGCGGCGGAGGCGCUGCGUUGGAUAUGGCUGCGUACCUGCCUGUUAACGGCAUCGACGGCGCCAGACCAGCGGUACCUCCAAUGGCGGAGGCGGAGGCUCAACAAGGGGCGUACUUCCAGAUGUCUCCAUCCGCUGCCGCCGCCUCCGCUGCGGACGGUGCCGCCGGCGCUGGUGCUGCCACUGGCGAAGGCGCCGGCAGCGGCCGGCCCAGUAGCGGUGUCACCGCCGCCGCCGUCGUUGCGGCCAUGCCGGCACUGCUGAUGCACGAUCGCCCCUCGGCGGACCCUCCCACUCGCGCGCACUCGGCGCUCGUCAUUGACCGAUCGUCAUCUGGGUUUUACAUGCCCUACUCGAGCAGCCAAACGCCGCUACCCGCCAUGACGGAACGCUCGUCCAGCGGACGGUACGGCAGCGGCCAGGUGCCCGCUCCCUUCACGGCAUCAGACCGGACCUCCAGCGGCCUCCACCCCGCCGCCGCCGGCGCCGUCUUGAUCGACCGCUCAUCUAGCGGCCUGCAAACUCAUAGCCCUCGCGGCAGCGGUCUGGCGGACCAUUCGACGCUGUCACCGCAUGCAAGUGCCAGCAUUCUGCCUGCGCCGCCGCUACCGCCGCUGCUGGAAGGCCCUUCGUCACUGGGACCAAGCUCCGGGGCCCUCAGUGAUGGCACCUUGCAGGAGGGGAUUGGCAUGGGCAAGGGCAAUCGCUCGCCGCUGCAGAACGGAGGCGCUGCCAUCUCGGCCGCUGACAUUGACGUUGACGGAAGCUUGGUUGCUGACGCCAUUCAGCCGCUGGUUGCUUCCCUGGGGUCCAGAUCUAGGGUUAGUGCCGCAGGAGAGGGCCUCGUGCAGCAACCGAUGGUACUGCAGCCAAAGUCACAGCAGCAGCAGCAGCAGCAGGAGAGGCAUGGGCGCAGUCCUGAGGGAGGUGCUGACACCCUGGCGCUGAAUGCUGAAGCACUCAAGCCAGUGGUAACGGCGACUGCUUUGCCGGAGGGUGGUGGCUCGAAGUACGACCGUGGCGGAGGCGAUGGCGGCAACAUGGGCGAUGGCGUUCCUGGCGCUCAUGUUUCUUCCCAAGCAGCGGCUGCGGCUGGGAUGAUGACGAACGGGAAUGCAACCAGUGGUGCAGUGCCGCAGCAGCAGCCACAGCAGCUUGAGUUGACAUGUCUGGGGCGACCAGGAGCUCUUUGGGAGGGGCCCCGCUGGCUCACUGACCCUACCGCAGUGCCCGGAGGUGCCAUUGCCGCAAGCGUGGUGGUCAUGCAGCCUCCCCUCAGCGGCGCAGCAGCGGCUCUUCGAACCUCAGCUGCUUCCCAACGGCCCGCCGCCGCUACUGCCGCCGGCACGCCGCACGCAUCCGCCGCCACGCACAUGCGGUCCUUCCUCUCCCCCGGCAUGCGUGCAUUCGGCGCCUCACUCGCCGCCGCGGCGGCUGGCUCCGACGGCAGCAGCAGCUGCGGUGGACCGCCGGCCGCAACGGGCGCCGGCAGCCUUACAGUCUGCGCGGAGGCGGGUUCCGCCUCAGACCCCAGUCGCGCCCCGUUCCUGAACCUGACUCCUCAAGGCUCUACAGGAUCCACCCUGGCAGCAGGUCUGGAUCUCAACAUCACGUACGACAUUACGUUGUCCGUUCAUUCGAGUCUGGCUGGAUCGGCGGCGGGCGGCCGGCUUAGCAACGCUGGGUUUGCGGCCGUAGAGAGUCUUCGGACGUUCGGCACCAGCCAUCUGCCUGUAGCGCUCGCCGAGCCUGUUAGCGCUUCUGAGCUGCUUCGGCCAUUUGCGGAUGGCGCCGGCGGCGGCGAUGAUGGCGUGGGCGGGACCGGCGGGGUGGUAGGUGGUUCUGGGAGCUUUGGAAGUCGUGUUGGUACAAGUCGUGGGGGGACGCAAGGAGGCAUUGCAAGUCGAGAUGGGUCGGGAACUGCGCGAGGGCAGCAGCAUUCGGCGGCAGCAGCACAAGGCAACAGGCGGGGCGAUGAGUCCAGCCGGCUAGGCAGGGAGGAGCCGCUGUAGGGUACCGAAAUGUUUCCGAGCGAUGCGGUGGAGGUACCGCUAGUGCCGGACGAUAGCGAUGGUGUACGGUAGACCUGGGUGGUUUUGCUGUUGCUUGUGACCUCGCCUUAGUGUGAUCCUGGAUCUGGCAUGGUGGGAAGGAUGUAGCGGGAUUAGUUCGGUGCGAUGUUGUGACAUGUUCGAAAGCUAAGCACGGAGCAUGCGAUUGCGUGGUGACCUAGUGACGCGAGCCAUAGACAAGUGGCUAUCGGAGGAAGACCAGUUCUCCUGACUACCAGACUGCAUACAGUGGGCCUUUCCAUGACGUGCUGCUAGUAGAGGCGACUGUUGAUGCGGUCCUAGAUUGAAGGCACAUUGUCUCUGGGACAGUCCUGCGUGAACACCGGUGGUUUAACUUGGCGAGACCCUGACUUGGUGGGAUACGUUGUGACGAUUGGGACGGAUGGCACCCAUGAUCCUUGAAGUGCUUGAUUGGUGCAUAUGUUGAGCGCAUACAUUAUCUCUGGGGUUUGUCGCAUCUAGAUGGUGGAGAACUGCAUAAGCCCCUGGGAUACCCGAAUGUGACCCCGUGGGUUCUGCUAUUAACUAUUACGGGCGUUUCCUAGCAGUUUCCUUUUCUAUGUGUUGACGAACAGAUGCUGCAAGUGAAACUCUUGAGCCGUACGAGUUUGUAGCUCUUUUCUUGGACUCCGGUUCCUCACCGUAAGGUCAGCAAGCGCUCACUUGCCCUGGGCUGUCGGAGUCAUGUACGGAUGUGCUGGUUGCAGUGACCUUUGCCCCGUACGUGCUAUGCACCACGCAACGUGGCGCCUAUGGCCCUAGCCCCGACAGGCGUGUUACUUGUCUGGGGUCUGUCGGUAGGCUCUUUUGCAAGGCCCGUGCGAUUGCGAGAGGGUCGUAGUAGGAAUAGGGCUUGGCAAGGCUUGGCAGCUUGGGCAACGGCUCGCAGGCCGGUAAGCGGGCGCCAGGUUCCCUGGAGAGCACGAUCUGUGUGAGCACAAUAUUGAACCAGACAACGAAUGAGGUAGCAGGUUAGUACGACGCUGUGGACGUUCUGCUUACGGGUGGUUUCCAAUGCAGCAUUGCAUGGCUCACAUUCAAGUAGGUUGGACCUUUUAUGUUGAGCUACGAUGUACUGAAGUACAGACUUGAAACCGAGCGGUCAUUUAGCUACUUGUUUGUGCUGGCAGGGCAUGUUGCGGAUAGUCGUGCGUUGGCGUCUCCAGAUAUCUUUUCGUGGCGAAGCGUGGGGACGCAUGACAGGUGGUCGACACAGGCACGUCAGAGGGCCUAGGGUACGCACCUUUCCAUUUCCUAAUGUGGCGCUACCUUGUAAGAUGCACACGGCAUCAGCUCUUUUUUAUGACCUUGUAUGGCUGCAUGACUGGUACACGUGUUGCCUGGCUCCAAAGUAAUUACCAGGGUCUGCUGCACAUGCUUGUAAAGGAAGCUCUUAC